UCCCGGCAGCGUGGGGCCCACUGCGGACCGCGGGCUGCCCGCUCGGCCGUGCCCCGUGUGCCAUCCCCGCCCCCCUGGCGCGCUCCGCAGAGAACAGAACGAUGCCCGGGGCUGGGGGCCGAGGCGCAGCCUGGGCGAGAUGGCUGGGCACUGGGAUUUGGGGUCUCUUCCUGCUCCCCGUGUCCCUGUCGCUGGAGGUGUCUGUGGGGAAGGCCACCACCAUCUACGCUGUCAACGGCACGGAGAUCCUGCUGCCCUGCACUUUCUCCAGCUGCUUCGGCUUCUACGACCUGGCCUUCUGGUGGUCUUACAACAGCAGUGACACAUACAGGAUCCUCAUCAGAGGGACCGUGAAGAAUGAGAAGUCAGACCCCAGGGUGCAUGUGAAAAAUGACGACCGCAUCACUCUGGUGGGCUCCACCAAGGAGAAGAUGAACAAUGUCUCCAUCACGCUGAAGGAUGUGGACUUCGACGACACGGGCAAAUACACCUGUCACGUGAAGAAUCCCAAGGAGAAGGACCUCCAGCACCACGCCACCAUCUUCCUCCAAGUGGUCGAUAAACUGGAAGAGGUGGACAACACGGUGACGCUCAUCAUCCUGGCCGUCGUGGGCGGGGUCGUGGGGCUCCUCAUCCUCAUCCUGCUGGUCAAGAAGCUCGUCACCUUCAUCCUCAAGAAGACGCAGGAGAAGAAGAAGGAGUGCCUGGUGAGCUCCUCGGGGAACGACAACACGGAGAACGGCCUGCCGGCCUCCAAGGCAGAAGAGAAGCCGCCCACCAAGGUGUGAGCCUGCGGUGGCCGCGCAGCGCUGGGCGCCCGUGACGAGGAGCCGCCGCGCCCAGCCCGGGACACCUGCUCCUGGCUCAGCGGGGCCCCGGGCCUGCCCACCCCUCCCCAGCUGGGGCUCCCCUGAUCCGGGCUGGCUGGGGGGCGGUGGACGGUCCGGGCAAGAACGGCAGGGCUCAGGUGGUGCAGGGCAGAUGGUGUUUAGGUCUCCCCACCCUGUACGGGCAGGGCCUUGGUUCCCCCCCACCUCUCUCUUCAGCAGAGACUUGGGGGGUCAGCGGGGGCUGCCGUGAUGGCUGGGCCCUGUGUGUGGAGAGCCAACCCUCUGACGGUGGCCAUGGCCUAAGGGACUCUGUGCAGGGUCUGGGGUGGGCGGUGCUGGCGGGAACUACCGUGACAGCUGUGAUGGGUCCUGACCCCAUGUCCCUCUAGCGGGUACUUCUCCUUACCCCCCAGCCCAGGGUGGCCGCCUGCCUGGGCCC